CGCCCGCGGAGCCCGAGUAGGCGGAGCUGGUGCCGUCCGGGCUCCGGAGCAGGGUGGCAGCCAGGGAGGCGGCGCGGCGCGCCCGGGCGGCCGGAGCUCGGGCCGAGCGGCUGGGGAGGCUGGCAGGUGUCGCGGUCGACGCGGGCAGAGCGGUGCGCCGGGCCGGGCGCUGCGGGGGAGUGGAGUUCCGUCCAUGCGUGCGGGCCGAGCGCGGCCCCUGAGAGCCUUCGACAUGAAGAAGGACGUGCGGAUCUUGCUGGUGGGAGAACCUAGAGUUGGAAAGACGUCACUGAUUAUGUCUCUGGUCAGUGAAGAAUUUCCAGAAGAGGUUCCUCCUCGGGCCGAAGAAAUCACCAUUCCAGCUGAUGUCACCCCAGAGAGGGUUCCAACACACAUUGUAGAUUAUUCAGAAGCAGAACAGAGUGAUGAACAACUUCAUCAAGAAAUAUCCCAGGCAAAUGUUAUCUGCAUAGUUUAUGCUGUAAACAAUAAACAUUCUAUUGAUAAGGUUACAAGUCGAUGGAUUCCUCUCAUAAAUGAAAGAACAGACAAAGACAGCAGGCUGCCUUUAAUACUAGUUGGGAACAAAUCUGAUUUGGUGGAGUACAGUAGCAUGGAGACCAUCCUUCCUAUUAUGAACCAAUAUACGGAAAUAGAAACAUGUGUGGAGUGUUCUGCAAAAAACCUGAAGAAUAUAUCAGAGCUCUUUUACUAUGCACAGAAAGCUGUUCUUCAUCCUACAGGACCUUUGUACUGCCCAGAGGAAAAGGAGAUGAAACCAGCCUGUAUAAAGGCUCUUACUCGUAUAUUUAAAAUAUCUGAUCAGGAUAAUGAUGGUACUCUCAAUGAUGCUGAACUCAACUUCUUUCAGAGAAUUUGUUUCAACACUCCUUUAGCUCCUCAAGCUCUGGAAGAUGUCAAGAAUGUAGUCAGAAAACAUAUAAGUGAUGGUGUAGCUGACAGUGGAUUGACACUGAAAGGUUUUCUCUUUUUACACACACUUUUUAUCCAGAGAGGGCGACAUGAAACUACUUGGACUGUACUUCGACGAUUUGGUUAUGACGAUGAUCUGGAUUUGACACCUGAGUAUUUAUUCCCCCUGCUAAAAAUACCUCCCGAUUGCACUACUGAAUUAAAUCAUCAUGCAUAUUUAUUUCUCCAAAGCACCUUUGACAAACAUGAUUUGGAUAGAGAUUGCGCUUUGUCACCUGAUGAACUGAAAGAUUUGUUUAAAGUUUUUCCUUACAUACCUUGGGGACCAGAUGUGAAUAACACAGUUUGCACAAAUGAAAGAGGCUGGAUAACCUACCAGGGAUUCCUUUCCCAGUGGACGCUCACAACCUACUUAGAUGUACAGCGGUGCCUGGAGUAUUUGGGCUAUCUAGGCUAUUCCAUAUUGACUGAACAAGAAUCUCAAGCUUCAGCCAUUACAGUAACAAGAGAUAAAAAGAUAGACCUGCAGAAAAAACAAACUCAAAGAAAUGUUUUCAGAUGUAAUGUAAUUGGAAUGAAAGGCUGUGGGAAAAGUGGAGUUCUUCAGGCUCUUCUUGGGAGAAACUUAAUGAGGCAGAAGAAAAUUCAUGAAGAUCAUAAAUCCUACUAUGCGAUUAAUACUGUUUAUGUGUAUGGACAAGAAAAAUACUUAUUGUUGCAUGAUAUCACAGAAUCGGAAUUUCUAACCGAGGCUGAAAUCAUUUGUGAUGUUGUGUGCCUGGUGUAUGAUGUCACUAAUUCCAAGUCCUUUGAGUACUGUGCCAGGAUUUUUAAGCAACACUUUAUGGACAGCAGAAUACCCUGCUUAAUCAUAGCUGCCAAGUCAGAUCUGCAUGAAGUUAAACAAGAAUACAGUAUCUCACCUACUGAUUUCUGCAGGAAACACAAAAUGCCUCCACCUCAAGCCUUCACUUGCAAUACUGCUGACGCACCCAGUAAGGAUAUCUUUGUUAAGUUGACAACCAUGGCCAUGUACCCAGAGGAUCAUUACAGAGGCAGACUCUCCCGAGACAUGGGCAGCACUGAUAGAAUAGAGAAUUUGAGAAAAAUCUGGGUCUUUCUAAAAACUGCUUUCCAUGCCCGGUUACGCUGUAUGUGCACCUGCAACAGGUGUACAUUUUGCAUCUGUCAGAACUUCCUCAACUCAGACUUGCUGCAAUCUGUAAAGAACAAAAUCUUCACUGCAGUUCUUAACAGGUUAAGAGCCCGGGUAGCUGAGUGGGGUGCCAUGCUGUUAGCCGACGACGAAGGCAGUAUUACUCACCAGGUGCACGCCGUCAGCUCUGUAGAAGAUUCCAUCUUCAUGGGGUCAUCUCAUGGUCCACUUUUGCUUGAAGCCAGGCACGUGACACAAGCUGACCUCAAGAGCUCCACAUUUUGGCUUCGAGCAAGUUUUGGUGCUACUGUUUUUGCAGUUUUGGGCUUUGCUAUGUACAGAGCAUUAUUGAAACAGCGAUGAUC